GUGCGUCAGUUGUGGAGAGACGUAGACGAGUUGAGUUCGGGUCUGUAGGGAGGCAGACAGCUCCGUCGCAGACUACGGACCUCUUCAGGUCUCAGCCGCCAAAGACCCUGUCCGGUAGGUGAGUGGCUCGCUUUGAGGGCAAGGCUUCUCGGAUCGAGGCUUCUUCAUGGCCGCGAGUGGCCGGGGCUUCGCUCUUUGCGGAGGACGGCGUCUAGAGAGCACAGUUGAUUGAGGAAGCGCUAGCCGGGCAUCAUGAGUGGCUGUCGAGUGUUCAUCGGGAGACUAAAUCCAGCGGCGAGGGAGAAAGAUGUGGAAAGAUUCUUCAAGGGUUACGGGCGGAUCAGAGAUAUUGAUCUGAAAAGAGGUUUUGGCUUUGUGGAAUUUGAGGACCCAAGGGACGCAGAUGAUGCUGUUUAUGAACUUGAUGGAAAAGAACUUUGCAGUGAAAGGGUUACUAUUGAACAUGCUCGGGCUCGGUCUCGAGGUGGACGAGGUAGAGGACGAUACUCCGACCGUUUUAGUAGUCGCAGACCUCGAAAUGAUAGACGAAAUGCCCCACCUGUAAGAACAGAAAACCGACUUAUAGUUGAGAAUUUAUCCUCAAGAGUCAGCUGGCAGGACCUCAAAGAUUUCAUGAGACAAGCUGGGGAAGUAACCUUUGCGGAUGCACAUCGGCCUAAACUAAAUGAAGGGGUAGUUGAGUUUGCCUCUUAUGGUGACUUAAAGAAUGCUAUUGAAAAACUUUCUGGAAAGGAAAUUAACGGAAGAAAAAUCAAAUUAAUUGAAGGCAGCAAAAGGCACAGCAGGUCAAGAAGCAGGUCACGAUCUAGGACCAGGAGCUCCUCUAGGUCCCGCAGCCGGUCCCGUUCCCGUAGGAGCAAGUCUUACAGCCGAUCAAGGAGCAGGAGCCGGAGCCGGAGCAAGUCCCGUUCUGGUAGUAGGUCACCUGUGCCCGAGAAGAGCCAGAAACGUGGUUCUUCAAGUAGAUCUAAGUCUCCAGCGUCUGUGGAUCGCCAGAGGUCCCGAUCCCGGUCCCGGUCCAGAUCAGUUGACAGUGGCAAUUAAACUGUAAAUAACUUGCCCUGGGGGCCUUUUUUUUAAAAAAACAAAAAUUCCCAAACCAUACUUGCUAAAAAUUCUGGUAAGUAUGUGCUUUUCUGUGGGGUGGGAUUUGGAGGGGGGUUGGGCUGGAUUUCUUUGUAGAUGUGGACCACCAAGGGGUUGUUGAAAACUAAUUGUAUUAAAAUGUCUUUUGAUAAGC